AAGUACAGCACCUAGCGAAAAAACUGUGGUCAGUGUUGUAGAAGAGACUGGUCUCCUUACUGGUGCAUUAGCUGGUGUUGGAGUUGCAAAAUCGCCAGAAGAAUUAGGCAUGCUUGUCAAUCCAAACGAAAAAACGUACUGUUUAUGUAACCAAAUUGCUUAUGAUAAAAUGAUAGCCUGCGAUAAUCCAGAUUGUCCUUUUGAAUGGUUUCACUUUGAGUGCGUCAAAGUAACUACCGAGCCCAGAGGAAAAUGGUUCUGUCCAAAAUGUUUAACAAAAAAGAAGUAAAAAU